UCCAUAGUUGUACUUAUUUUUCGCGCGUGAUUUGCUUACUUUACUUAUUGCUGUUAACUUCUUAAAAGCAUUAGCAAAAACAGACACCGAUGUAGACACUGCUACUUCAUAUCCACACAGCAGCACGUCGGUUAACUAACUUCACUAAACUAACCAACCUAUAGCAGGGUCAACGAUAUCUAUAGUCAUGUCUCUUAGCGCCGUUCACGGGACACUGUCCAGCCUGAGGUUGUGUCAGGCAGACAUCGGGACGGGAAUGGAUAUAGUGACAGAUGUGGCUAUGGACCUGGCGGAAGCGCAGGAUAAAGAUGUGAACCCUGGCAUCAAAGAGAUGGAGGCUAUGAUUGUGGAGUGUGCCAAGCUGGACAGAGAGAUCAACUACUUUGUUGACGUUGUGCAACAAGUCACAGGAGAGGUUACUACACAGCAGCCAGAGGCCAUGUUCAGUCUCUCUGCAAGAGUGAAGGAGCAGUUCACAGAGAAAAUAUCCAGAAUCUCUGACGCUGAGCUGCAGAAUCACCAGAAAGUAGUGGCCUUCAAGGACACCAUCAAUAACUCUCUCAACCAAGCUAACCAAGAUCCAGCAGAGAACAUGGAGGAGCUCGAUGAGGACAUUGCUGUUACACAGAGCCAAGUCAACUUCACCUGUCCACUAACACAGGUGGAAAUGGUGAACCCGGUGAGGAAUAAGAAGUGUAACCACCACUAUGAUGAAGGAGCCAUACAAAACCUGAUCAAAACAAAACACAGCCAGAAAAAGAAGUGCCGCUGUCCUGUGGUAGGCUGUGGGAACACAGAUGUGAAAGAGUCAGACCUGAUUCCUGACCAGAUGCUGAGGAGAAAGAUCCAGGCCCAUAAGAGACAGGCCAACCGGACGUAAUAUAUAAUGUUUUUGUUGGCAGACUCAUUCCUCAUAAAACCGAUGCCUUGGUCAUUAUUUGUAUAUCAGCAAAGGAAUAUUGUUUUCAUCAGUGCUCGAAUUGUUAACCUAUGUUUGCUUUUUAUUUUUUUAUUUUAUGCGAUUUGUACCUCAGGAAAACUCUGGCAUCCAGUUAAAUUAGAAUUUAAAAAUGAUGAAUUGUUUGUGUUUCAGCUGGAGCAUUUUCUUUAACUCCAGUCUUGUUGGAAUGUAAAUAAAAGCUGCAGACCUUUUCAUAAAUUAAAACCACCCAAACCUGUACCUUCAA